AUUAAAUAGACAAUAUGAUUUUACAGAAACUAGGGUUUACAUAUAUUUAUAUAUAAAUGGACAGCGUUGCCACUUUGCUCAGAACGCUUCUGCCGCCGUUGCAAACCCUAGAGGAUCAGAGCUCGCCGAAGACGCAGCCAUGCCGUCGCACAAGACAUUCAUGAUCAAGAAGAAGCUGGCGAAGAAGCAGAGGCAGAACAGGCCUAUCCCCUACUGGAUCCGGAUGCGCACCGACAACACCAUCCGCUACAACGCCAAGCGCCGCCACUGGCGCCGCACCAAGCUCGGAUUCUAAAUUCGGUCGGCUUCUUUUUUGUUCUUCCCCUUUAUAUCGUUUUUUGUUUCAAUUAGAUCCGAUGACUCGUGACGAUGAUUCACUGAAUCGAUGUAGUGAUUAUAGUUUUGAUGUAUGACUUUUGUUUGGUUUAUUGAAUUCCAUACGAAGCACAAUUUGGAAUCAAAGUAUUUCUCUUUUAUGUUU